CCAAGAUACCAUUCCACAUCGUAUAUUGUAUUUACCAUACAGUACAUUGGCUUGUAAAGAAGACGCGUAAGCAUCUGAAAAUAACUUUCAUUCAUUUUCUAAUCGUAUAGCAGGCUGAGGGAGAUAAUUCAAAGAGGAUUAAACAAAUGUUAUGAGAUAACUUAUCUCUCGUAUUUCAGACAUACACUACACAAAAUGUGUACGUAAACGUUUUAUUUUUAGGUGAAAAUGGUAGAGGAAGGAAUGCGAUUUGAGGGUAAGAGAAGGAAUAUGUAGAGCGAAUUGGUAGAGAAAAGAGGAAGGGAGGGGAGGGGGAGAAGAGGGAAUGGAAAUGGAGAAAGGCAUAUCAACAAUGAAUUGUUGUUCACAGGCCCGAAGAAAACACUGGAGGACGAAAAUGUACGUGGAUAACAUAUGCAACUGGUUUUGUACACCUGUUAUGUGAUGCAUAGUUUCCCCGCCAAUGGACUUCACCUACAACAAUCAGAUCGAUCAGAAGAAGGACGUUAUAAAUAGAAAAUAACCCUCGACAUAUUGUCUGCAUCCCAAGCUCUUCGAUCUCAAAUCGCAGAUAGCUGGCGGUCGCUAUACUGCACGGAUGCGCACGCUUUAUUCUGGAAGGAGUGACGAAAACAUGUAGCAGACGACAGACCAAAGAACACCCGAAGAAUAGAACAACAGCAAAAUUUUGUACUUAACUCCAAGAACAAAACUUAAUAUGUAACAUCAGUAACAAGACUUGAUACGUAUCACCAGGAACAAGGCUUGAUACGUAAUUCCAGGAAAAAGACUAGUUGCGUAAUUUCGGGAGCAAGACUACAUACAUAAUUUCCAGAAACAAGACUAGAUACGUAGGACCAGGAACAAAAACUAGUCCAGGAACAAGACUACAUAAUUCUAGAAACAAAACCAUUUUAGUAAUUCCAGGAACAGUACUUAGUUAUAUAAGAAGACAAGUUACCUAGUUCCAAAUACAAGACCAGGUACAUAAUUCUAGAAUUAAGACUAGUUGCAUAUUUCCAGGAACAAGACUAUUUACAUAAUUCCAGGAAUAAGACUAGUUCCCCAAUUCUAGGAGCAAGAUUUGUUACGUAAUUCCAGGACCAGCUUACACACGGUUUUGUUCAGUCUGUACACGUUGACGAGGUAAACGAUGCGGCCAGUCGAGAAAGCCGUGUACGUCGUGUCCGGCUUCCACGCCUUCAUCGGCCUCCUGAGCGUGGUGAUCGGCGUCAUCUCCAGCAUCAAGGCCGAGGUCUGGCUCGCCCACAGGGUCUCACCCAUUUGGAGCGGCGCUUUUUUCAUCAUCACUGGAAUUCUUGGAAUACUCUGUACCCGGAAGAAGUCUUCCUAUGUGAUAAUGUGCUUCACCGCAUUCUCCGUGGUCUCCUUGGUGACGGCCGUGGUCAGUAUCCAGCUGCUCAGACUCGGAUUGAUAAACCACACCACGGACGGCCACACUUUCCAGAAGGAGAACAAGGACGUGUUGAUCUUCAUAGCGCUCGGCACGGCGGGCAUCGAGUGUCUGGUAUGCAUCAUCUCUACGGUAAUCAGCUGCCGUAUCGCCAAGGUGGCCAAAGAGGAACUGUGCAAGCAGAGAGAAGGGAUGUUCCAUGUUAAGGUACUAGGUCAGAAAGACAUUGUCGUUGUGUCCAAGCCCCUCACGGGAAAAGAUGACCUCACGGCCGUAUGAAAUGGUUCCGUCAUCGUUUUCAACACCGUUCCUCCCUUUUAACCUUUAUCAUCACCUGCUUAACCACGUGGACGUCAUAACCUUUGGAUUUUUUUUUUCCACUUCCUGGCUUCAGUGUACACUUUACUUACAAUGUCCAACCCUUUGAGUGUUAACUCUUCUAUAGAGAAGUACACCCUUUUUUCAACCUUCAAGUUCUGUUUCCUUUGAUGGAUGGCGAAGUAAUAAAAACAUAUCUUGAUUAUAUGAUUCACCCCCGAUUAAAUGUUACCUCCUCCUAUAACCAGAGAUUCUGCACGAUUGAGACUUUACAUGCGAUGCUGUUAAAGCACCUGGCUUUAACCUUCAAGUUUACUUCGAGAUGGUGAAGAGGUGAAGUGGAUGAGAAACGAAACUGAAUUGCGUGUAGCCAACUUGUAUAUUAUCCAACCUGCCCUUUGAGUGUUGCCUUCUGUAAUUAGACCUACAGCAGGACACUGUGAUGACUGUAGACUUUUUUGUUAUUUGUUACUUCCACAUAUUGUUUCCUGUUUGAGGACGGUCACACGGUUAUUCAAAUGAAUUACAUUCAGCUUGCUAAAAUAUGAUAUCCACCACAUUCGAGUGUGUCCUCUUUUAUUUAUAGUUCCAACAAGACCCCGAGUUCACAAACCUUGUAUGUAUACAGUGUCCUUUUUCCCAAUGUUCAAGGUUUAGAACGAUGAGACUCAAACUAAGACAGAAUUUGCUUACACUUUGCUAACUGUGUUCACCCCUUUGAGUGUUGCCUUUAAUAACAGACAGUGCUAGUAGAUUGUAGGUUUUAUCCAAGCUUAAAUUGUUGUUAUAUCCUACCCAGAACGACAGAAGUCGACCUAAAACCUGUACAUCUUGCUUUCAAUUAUCAGCCCCCUCCUCUUGGGUGUCACCUCUUUCAGCAGGACUCUGAUUCAACAGACAAUGUUAGAAGAAGUACCGUGUUUCCUACCCAGAACAGAAGAAUUCGACCCGAAAUCUGUACACCCCACUCCCCACUUGAGUGUUACCUCCUUCAGCAGGACCAAGAUUGAACAGACCGUGUUAGUAGAUUGCACGUUUCGCCCUAAACCUUCACGUGUUGUUGUUUCCUAUCCAGAACAGCAAAAUUCGACCCAGAAUCUGUAUACCUUGCUUUUAAUACACACCCUACUCCCCACUUGAGUGUUACCUCCUUCAGCAGGAUCAAGAUUCAACAGUGUUAGUAGAUUGCACGUUUUGCCCCGAACCUACAAGUGUUGUUGUUUCCUAUCUAGGACAGCGAGAGAUGAAUUGCUACAUGUAUAACCCUGCUUACAGUAUCCAUCCAGUUUGAGUGUUGCCUCCUCCGAAUAGAGCUUCAGCCACACUCUGGGUAUACAGCUAAUAGACUGCGUAAUGUUCCUUUCAAUCUUCAAGUGCUGUUAUUUCCUAUCCAGAACAAUGCGAAUAGAACUGAUACAUGUAUAACCCUGCUUACAGUAUCCAUCCAGUUUGAGUGUUGCCUCCUCCGAAUAGAGCUUCAGCCACACCCUGGGUAUACAGCUAAUAGACUGCGUAAUGUUCCUUUCAAUCUUCAAGUGCUGUUAUUUCCUAUCCAGAACAAUGCGAAUAGAACUGAUACAUGUAUAACCCUGCUUACAGUAUCCACCCAGUUUGAGUGUUGCCUCCUCCGAAUAGAGCUUCAGCCACACCCUGGGUAUACAGCUAAUAGACUGCGUAAUGUUCCUUUCAAUCUUCAAGUGCUGUUAUUUCCUAUCCAGAAAAAUGCGAAUAGAACUGAUACAUGUAUAACCCUGCUUACAGUAUCCACCCAGUUGGAGUGUUGCCUCCUCCAAACAGAGAUUCAACCAGACCCUGCGUCUACAACUAGUGGACUACAUAUUUGUUGUUUGCAAUCUUCAAGUGAUGUUGUUUCCUAUUCAUGACAGCUAGAGCUGAACUGAUACAUGUAUAAAUAACCCUGCUUAUAAUACCCACCCAGUUUGAGUGUUACCUCCUCCAAAUAGAGCCUCAGUCAGACCCUGGGUUUACAGCUAGUAGACUGCGUAAUGUUCUUUUCAAUCUUCAAGUGCUGUUGUUUCCUAUCCAGAACAUCAAGAGUUGAAUUGCUACAUGUAUAACCCUGCUUACAGCACCCACUCAGUUUGAGUGUUACCUCCUCCAAAUAGAGCUUCAGUCAGACCCUGGGUUUACAGCUAGUAGACUGCGUAAUGUUCUUUUCAAUCUUCAAGUGCUGUUGUUUCCUAUUCAGGACAGUGAAACUGACGUGGAAUUAUAUUCCUUCAGACUUGACUCCUCAGUGGAUAACUCAACAAUAGCAGCAGACGACAAUCUUAUAGACAAUGAGUCAAUCGACUUAGAUGUUUUGACGCCUCGCACUGCUGAAAGGACUCAAAACCAGAGACCUCCUCUAAAGAUCGAAGACUUUAUUAAAGCCAGAGAAUCGUCGGCAACCGGCGUAAACAGCGUCGUGGAAGAUUCUAGAAACAUUGACACCAUAACGUCAGGGUGCAUAAACGACUUUUCCUUCCACGUUAACUUGAAUAAUAUACCCGAUUCGAAAUUACCGAGCAUACAGUCUUGAUGCUGGAGGUUAAUGCCGGGUGUAUUAUGGGUGAAAUGGUUAAACUGCUGUCUUUAUUAUUUAUGGAAGAAGCUGUAAAAAGUAACUGUUGAAAUCGAUGUUCAAUAAUCCUUGUCAGUUGUGUCCAAUGUUGUGUAUUUAAAUAACAGCUGCUUUACUGUUAAAUAUAAAACGCUAGCAAAAACUGUGGUUAGUGAAAGAGUUCCUGCAAGUUGCGAUUAGGUCCAUCGUAAAACAUAAUUAUAUGUGAAAAAAAAAAAAAAAAAAAACUGUUUUAUUUAAAGGCCACCAUUGGGCACAUAAGACUCAAUGUCAAGGUAUUGUGUUUCUUGUUAAGGGUCAUGGUCUCAAACUACAACUGCUCUAUUAAAUAAUUAAUCAUCACAAAUUAUUAGCAUCAUUUAAUUUUUUCACAUUACUGAAAUUGUAAUUCAAGAUGUACCAGACCAACAACUGUAUAAUCAUGCCUCAAUUAUUGCACUUUAAUGAAGCAAAAAUAUAUACUUUUAUUGUUGAUAAUAUAUGAGGUUCUUCAUAUUCCGUUGAACGUGACCAUUUAGUUUCUGAAGAUCAAUAAAAACCGCCUCUGUGCUACGUAAAUAAUACCCUAAAUAACGUAAUUAUUAUUAUUAUAAAAUACUGGCAUGCGCAUUUUGUUCUCAUUCAUAUUCAUUGGACUUAAUGUAUUCGUACCAACAUACGAUUUGUAAGAUACUGAAUAUUUGUGAUGUGUAUUUUAGUGGUAGCUAUGUUGAAAGUUAGUUGAUGUUGUCAAGAUUAUACAUUGUAUAACAGUAAUGCGAAUGAUGUUGUCAAGAUUAUACAUUGUAUAACAGUAAUGCGAACAUGUUUGUUGUGGUAAUAUUAACAUAAAAUAAACAUAUCUUAGUGCUUGGAAAUGCAUGUACAAAAGUGUCUAGUAUAAUUAUGAACUUUGAAGAAUAGCCUAGUAAAUUGAGUAAACGAAUUUUGUUGUGUUUUUGCUCGACAGUUAUUUUAAAAAUUUAUAAUUGUUUUACUUUUCCUGCUGGACAGUUACUGAUCUUAUUUUUGUUUUCUUGCGUGUAUGGUUGCUGUGUGUGUGUGUUUGCGUGUGUGAGUGCGUGUUUGCGUGUGUGCGUGCGUGUGUUUUUAUUUUGUUUUGUUUAUGUGUGUGCGUGCGCGCAACAAGUAGCCUACUUGUAGACAAUUUUGGGUAAUUAAAUUUACAAAAAUUAACUGUAAGCAAAUCGUCUAGUCAACUUCAAAAAUAGCUUUCAGCUACUACAGAAAAUAUAUAAUGUUAGAAAAAUUACGAAUUAAUACAAUAUACACAAUAUUUAAAGUCAUUUUGUUGUGCGUUUAACAAAUACGUUUCGAUUAAACCCAUAGCAUUUGUCGUUCGCGAUCUGGUUUAGCUAUUGCAAUUGUAGCCUAUUCUUUUUUAAUUUAAUUAAUUUUAGGGUAACUAUUGCUUCAGACUAAAUAACUAGAUAAUUAUAGGUUAUCAGUGUCCUUUGUAUUCGUGUUUUGUGAUGUUUAAAAGAAGUGCUAUAAACACGAAUAAAAUAGUUGAAAAACA